CACUGAUGGGCAUUGACAGGCAUCACUGAUGGGCACUGAAAGGCAGGACUGAUACAUGGCACUGAUAUAUGGCACUGACUGGCACUGUUUAGGCGGCACUGACUGGCACUGAUAAGUGGCACUGAUAGAUGGCACUGACUGGCACUGAUGGAUGACACUGAAUGGCAGCUCAGAUGGGCACUGAUAUGUGGCAUUGAUGUGCACUGGUAUGCACUGAUCGCACUGACAGCUGGCACUGAUGGG